AGAGAGAGAGGCACAUACCCCAUAUACACACAGCGUGGGAGCACCUGCUUUGCUGUCAUUCUGCCUGUGGACUUCCUUGUGGCAGGCUGGUAGCACCACAAUGGCCGGCUCUGGUUGGCUCCUGCUCGUGACUCUGGUGGCGUCUCUCCAAGGAAACAGCCAUGCUCAGGGUUUCUCACAGGAGAGGACUGAGAGGAACUGCUCCGCAACCCCACCGUACCUGCCUCCCACAGCAGUGAACACCAGCCAGAUACUGCAGGCCUUGAGGGCAGCCAUGCCCCUGAACAUCUCCGCCUACAUCAUCCCUGGAACUGACGCUCACCUGAGUGAAUACAUCGCUCCCCGGGACGCCAGGAUGGCCUACAUUUCUGGCUUCAAUGGUUCCUCAGGCACAGUGGUGGUGACCCAGAAAAGGGCAGUUCUAUGGACCGACAGUCGCUACUGGACUCAGGCUGAACGCCAGUUGGACUGCAACUGGGAGCUGGAGAAAGAUGUUUCCAUCAGCAGUUUAACAGACUGGCUCAUCUCGGAGGUGGCACUGGGAGAGGCUGUAGGAUUUGACCCCUUUCUCUUCUCCCUCAAAACAUAUGAGGACUACAGUAAGAACCUGGAUCCAGCCAAUCGGAUCCUCAAAUCCAUGCGUAAUAACCUAGUGGACCAGGUGUGGAGCGACAGGCCUCAGAUUCCUCCAGAUAACCUCACCCGUCUGCCUGACAGGGUCAUAGAAAGGACCUGGCAGAUGAAGGUGGAUCAGAUACGGAGUCAAAUGAGGAACAAUCCUUACAAGCCCACAGCUGUUCUUCUGUCUGCCCUGGAUGAGUCUGCCUGGCUCUUCAAUCUGCGGGGGAACGACAUCCCCUUCAACCCUUUCUUCUACUCCUACACACUCCUGACCUUGGACGAUAUCCGGCUCUUUGUACACACAGAAAGAGUGAGCGAGGACUUGCAGCUCUACCUGAACUCCUCCUGUAACUCUGCCCUCUGCGUUCAGUUGAUGGACUACGACAACGUUCGGGAGAACCUCAGGGAAUAUGUGAGCAAUCCUGACGUGAAGGUGUGGAUUGGAACUGAGUACACCAACUACGCCCUCUACGAGAUAAUCACUCCACAGGAGAAGCUGCUGACCAGUGCCUACUCCCCAGUGUUGACCACGAAAGCCGUGAAGGACGGAACCGAGGAACAGAACCUGAGAGACGCUCAUGUGAGAGAUGCUGUGGCAGUCAUCCAGCUCCUGAUGUGGCUGGAGGAGAGCGUUCCACUGGGCAAGGAGACCGAGCUGACCGCUGCACACUACGUGAACGAGCGUCGAAGUAAGCAGAUGGACAGCAGAGGGCCCAGCUUUGAGACCAUCUCUGCCAGCGGACCCAACGCUGCUCUGGCUCAUUAUAGCCCAUCUCACGAAACCAGCAGAAAGCUGAUUGUGGAUGAGAUGUAUCUGGUGGACUCAGGUGGCCAGUAUCUGGACGGGACCACUGACAUCACAAGGACGGUGCACUGGGGGACGCCCACAGACAUGCAAAGGGAGGCCUUUACCCGAGUGCUUAUGGGGAAUAUUGAGAUAUCGCGCACCAUCUUCCCAUCAGGAACAAGAGGGGUAAACAUAGAGAUGCUGGGCCGCCGGGCAUUGUGGGAAGUGGGGUUGAACUACGGCCAUGGGACAGGUCACGGUGUGGGGAACUACUUCGGCGUCCAUGAGUGGCCUGUUGGUUUUCAGUCCAAUAACAUUCCAUUCCAGGAAGGCAUGUUCACCUCCAUAGAGCCAGGGUAUUACAAAGAGAAUGACUUUGGGAUCCGUAUAGAAGACGUUGCUGUUGUUGUUCCUGCCACCACCAAGUAUGGGAACAACUACCUGACCUUUGACACCGUGUCCCUGGUCCCCUACGACAGGAAACUGAUUGACACCUCACUUCUGAGUCCACAGCAGCUCCAGUGGCUGGACACGUACUACCAGACUAUCCGCAGGCUGAUGGUCCCAGAGCUGGAGGGGCAGGGUCUGGUGCAGGAGAAGGUGUGGCUGUUGAAACACACAGAGCCCUUCCACACAGCUGGCUCCUCUGCUGCUGUGUCCUCCCUCUCUCUGACCCUGGCCGCCCUCACCACAGCACUCUUCCAGCACAUCCUCUGAAGACCACACUCCUGGUCCUCUCCCUCUCUGUCACCAGCGAGCAGAGCUGGGACUGCGCUUGCUGAUACAGUUUGGAAGUACACACUAGAAUGCUUCAGGGUGAAAUAUGGAUUUGUAACUGUCGAUCGUUUGCUUUUGAUUCGUGUUUUUCUUUCACCCUGACUUUUUGGGUUUUGAUGUACUGUUAAUAUGUGAAAAUUGACCUUUUUUGACCUUCA